AUGAAAUAAACUAUUAAACCUGAUUAAAAAACAACAACAACGCCGCUUUUCUCUGAAACCCUAGCAAAAAGUCUUCUAUCUUCUCGACUUAUCUAAGAUGGAAGGAUCCCGGAUCGAAGGUCUGACCUUGAAAGACAGUCGUACUGUUCCAGUCGAAUCAGAACAACAACGUACUUUGGACGGGGAUACGGAUAAGUUCGUCGAGAAUAUGAAGUCCUUGAUGGAUUACCAUGAGAGCCAGAUUAGAAUCAGUGUCGAGGGUUUCAACACCUCGGGUGAUCCUGUUGAGCUCUACACGUCUUUGCAGCGUCUCUUCGAAACCUGCGGAGAAGUGGACAACAUUGAGAUCAAGAUAGAUCCCGUGACAGACCAGCUCAUCAGUCCUUGCGUCCUUGUCCUUCGCGGAGAAGGGGCAAGAGAGAGAGCUUUACUUCUCGACGGAAGUGAGCUUCGAGGUAGGAAGCUCACUCUUUCGCCAAUAGAGCAGCCCACUGAUGGGAUGACUACAGCCGCUCGAGCUGCAAAGUACGUUGCAGACUUCCAAAGGAGCAGGAGCGAAGCCAUAUCCGUUACGGGAUAUGACCCUUCUCUUCCUCAAGAAGAUCUCAAGAGUGCUUUGAGUAAGCACUUCGCUUCCUGUGGCGAAAUCACGGACAUCCUCAUCCUCGACAGCCGUGCCCUCGUCCACCUGUAUGGGCUAGGCUCCGUGCACCGAGCUGUCCAGUUGCAUGGAACCGACCUCGGAGGCGGGUUCAAGUUGACCGUCCAAGAAGCCGCGCGCGAAGCCUGAAGAAGCCGCUCGGACUAGCGAUGAAACUAUUACUUGAUAUUCAAGUUGUGGUUGAUUUGAAAACUUCAAAAACCUAUUUUAAAACCAGUUAUAAAUAAUGAAAUUUGGGUAAAAGAA